GACCAACAACCGGCACCGGUAGCGCAACCACGUUUUUCGUUUGUCAGAUUUUUAUUUUGACUUGUACUUGUAGUCUGAUAACAAAUUGUGCAUACAUUCGACUGAAAUAUUUCAAUUCUAAUACAUGUCAGUGAAAAUACCAGUUGAGAUCGCGCCCAGUUGUAAUAGUAACCUCAGUUAGACCAUUUAUCACACCUGUGCCCGUGACUCUAGCACCAACUUUUUGUGGACAAGUACUUAUUCAAGAAGAUUUUUGUGAAUUAAUUCCCAAUCCAAUGGCGUGUAUUUCUGUGAGUAAUAAUCUCAUCGCUGUAACUGCGAAGUACAGCUCAAUAUUUAUGAGACUAUCAGAUCAGAAAUUCAAUCUUGUUGAAGCAGAACCUAAUCGUCCCAAUCGAUUCUCUGACGAUGCGAAAGAACUAUCCCUUGACGUCGCAUCCUCUGCAAUUUCGCCCUGUGGUAAAUUGUUUGCGUACUCUAUUAACAACAAACUCAUGAGUGUCUGGGACAUUGAUAAUUGGCAGCUUGUGGUAUCCAAGACGAUUCCGCGGGGAGCAAGCAAAAUCUGUUUCACAGCUGACAGCAAAAACGUAAUCGUGGCAGACAAAGCUGGUGAGGUUUUUUCAUUCAAUCUUGAUAGUGCUGAGGAAAAAGGAACUUUUCUUUUAGGACACGUCUCAAUUUUAUUGGAUAUGAUCCUAACCUCAGACAAUUUCAUCAUUACGUGCGACCGAGAUGAGAAGAUCCGGGUGUCUCACUAUCCGAACAGUUACAAUAUUCAGUCUUACUGUUUAGGUCAUGAAGAGUUUGUAACAAGCAUCAACCUAUUCAAUGCAAAUGCUAAAACAAUUCUCUCUAGUUCCGGUGAUGGGACACUGCGGUUCUGGAAUUAUCUGACUGGUGCAGAGCUGCGCGUCUACAAUUGCUCCAACGAUGUCCAACCUGACGCUGAAAAACCGAUUCCUGUCACCAAAGUGCAAGUGACACAAUUCAAUCCAACAUUACAUAUUGCCUGUGUAUCUCUACACAAACAUAGUGAAGUGUUGGUCUACCAUAUUACCAACAACUUAAAUGUAACCCUAAAUCAGCGUAUUUCUUUGCCAAAACCACCUCUAUACAUCCUCCUGACCGAAACCAAAGACUUGUGGGCCUUACACUACGAAGGGGUUCAAGUCUAUUCAUUAGACAGAAGUAGAAAAUCUUUUAUUGUGUCAUCAAAUAAUAAAUUCAAGUCUGCAUUGGAGAUCUUAAAUAAACAUUUAGCUGCAUUUAGUCCAUCCAUUGAAGAAAGUGGUGAAAUCGGUGUCCUGUACAAAAGAAAAUAUAAUGAAGUACAAGAUUAUCUGGAAAGGAAGAAAACAAGAAUCUCUGAGGAAGAUAGUGAUUCAGACGAUGGGCCUCCUCAAUAUGAUAAUCAACCUGUGGAAGUCUCUGCUUAAUGGUUCUGUACCCUCGAAGGGCAUGGACAUAGAUGAUGGGGACAGCACAAUUAACAUUUUAUACUGCGCUUACCAGAACAGUCAAGGCCUCAGAACUAGACGUCUUAAACUUGCCAAAAAUAUUGAGCUUCAUGAGUGGAAGUAAGUAAGCUCAUAUAUUUAAACCCAUGUAUUUUAAUCUUCGGUUCUUAAGAACAGAUUCAGGAGUUCGUUUUCAUCCAUGACCUAACUGUGACUGUCUCAAGAUCCAUCAGAGUCCCAAGCAUCUUGUGGGCAAUAUGAUGAUAGUGGGAAUAGCGGUUUCGCCACUUUAGUAUUUAGCGUUUUCAAAGACUUAGAACAAUUUUUAAUGGAAGAAGAAUACAAUUUUUGUUGACAAUAGUUUAAAGUUGUAACCCUGCAAUGAUUUAUGCAGAGAAGUAUGAGAAAUCAAUGUACUCAUUGUAAGACUUUCAUGCUGCGAAAUGCCCAAUCGGUUAUACAAACGAUGGGACAUUUUUUCUUUGUUGACUACGUGUUUCUGGCAUCCCAUUUUACAGUUCAAAAGUCUUGGUGAUGAUGACUUCUCAUAAUUUUUGGCAUGAAUAUUAUGCAGGCUCACAAAUGAGACGAUUUGUAAUGGUAUUCAUGUUCUUUUUCAAUUAAUUUGUCUCAUGUCCUUGAAAUUAAUUGGAAAGGAAACUAGCGAUAAUACUAUUCCCAUUAUCCUGAAAUCAUCCUUGUAGUCCUAAGCAGAAUAGGACAGAAUAAUAGAUUUGAAGCUGUUUCAUGUGAUGCUUUGGUAAUAUUCUGCAUUGAAUUUAAAUUAUUUUUUAGUAAUAGGCCACUCUGCUCGUCUAGAAAGUGAAAAGCCUGUUAAAAAUCAAACCCAUAUGAGAGCAAAUUUUAUUUAUUUCAUGUAUGAUAGGGGCGGUUCAAGUAUUAAAUUACAUAAGCAACUUAAGGGGGACAGGGGUCUGAGCUUUUCUCACUGGGUCCUACAAGGAAAGGGGAGUUCAGUCCUAUGUAAGCUUUCCACUUAAAAUAUGAAAUAACAUUUUCCAAUAAAAAUACAUUUUUAGCUACUUUUUAGGCAUUCUCUGUCAUUUAUGAACAGUUUGGGGAAGUGGCCCGGCUAGUUUCACACAAUUCGGAAGGGCUGUAAGACUGAGUGGGGGGUCUAAAAGUUGCUAAAUUUGCAUGAGUCAGUGUGCUCUAAAACUUGAAGAGCCUUUUUUAAAUCAACCUAUUACAAGAGAAAUUUUUUUUUCAGUAACCCCCCCCCCCCCCCCCCUCUUUUUCUCGUGAAAACCUCAGAGAAAAUAAUCCACAAAAAGGAAUCAUUAAUUAGGUAGUAACGGACUCAGUUCCAUUUUUGGGUAUUUUUCAACAAAGUCUCUCAUGCUAACUGACCAUCAUUCAAUAUAUGCCUUUCCCCGCUCUUCAGUUGAAAUCUACUUUCUGCUUAUAAAAUGCAGAUUGUUGCUCUUUUGUAUAUUCAAACCGUUUUGUAUCCAUUUAGUGCAUUUAUUCAUAUCUGACAAUUUUUUUUUAAUCCUGAUGAAACUAAUUGAGCACCGUUAAUAGUACUUGUCUCCCUAAAUUAAGUCUUCGGGUUCAGAGCUCUUUUUACCAAUGCUAUUUGAAGGCUAAAAUGUCGUUAAGUCCAAAGCAAUUUGUAGAAACUUAAUUGAAGAUUAAGAUAGCAGAGUCAAGUGUGUUAUUAUCAUGAACAAAUUAAACGUUAAAGUGAAAAAUUCAAGUUUUUGUUUAGAUCAUGUGCAUAGGUUAAAUGAUUAACUCUACUUUCAUCUUUAAUAUCUGCAUAAUUAAAAACAAAUGCGCAUUCCUAAGGUGGAAAAAGAAACUGUAAGUUUUUUCUUCAUCAAAGUAAAACUCUGGGGACCUAGCACCCAAUUGAAUUUUUAAUUUUAUAGUGAUUAGCUUGAAGCCACUGAACCUUGAUUGUUAUUUUAAUUAUUAAUAAAGUUUCGUUAAGAACAUGCAAAGGGCA